AAAAAAACACAGCCCCAGCCGAAAAGAGCCGACUAACCCCAGGCUACCUGAAGCUAAAGCGCCCGAACCGGGGCCAUGGCGUCGGAACCGUGUUCACAGAUUGAAGCCGAACUCUAUUUCCUGAUUGUCAGAUUUCUUCAAUCGGGACCGUGCAAAAAAUCGGCACAGACUCUGCAGGAGGAGCUGGAAGAGUAUGAGAUCAUCCCGGAGCGCUGGAGCUGGGACGGAAAACGGUACAAGAGAAACUUCCAGGAUUGGGUGGCACUGAAUCAGCACAUCCCAGCAGAUUACCUGUUGCGUGUGUGUGAGCAGUUGUGUCCGUUGGUGGACGCACACGUCCCUCCGAGCGUCCCCGGACUCCGCAGUCUGCUGGGGAGCGGCCGACAGUCUCUACUGCGUACUGCCAAGAGUUCUUCUCACACAGUAUGGACGGGUUCUGCUGUAGCUGCUCUGCACAGGGGGCGGCCCCCCGAACCGCCAAUCAACUUCCCCAAACCGCCAAAUAUUGUGUCAAUCAUGGGCGGUCGCCAGGCAACCGGGGUGGCCCGCUUGGGUCACGCCCUCCCAUCCUGCACCUACCAGCACAUGAAGAUGCACAGGAGGAUUCUGGGACACCUGUCCUCGGUGUACUGCGUGGCCUUCGACCGAACGGGCCGCCGUAUCUUUACGGGUUCGGACGACUGCCUGGUGAAGAUCUGGGCGACAGACAACGGGCGUCUCUUGGCGACGCUGCGCGGCCACGCGGCCGAGAUCUCCGACAUGGCGGUGAAUUACGAGAACACGCUCAUCGCUUCCGCCAGCUGUGACAAGGUCAUCCGUGUGUGGUGCCUCCGAACCUGCGCGCCCAUCACUGUCCUACAGGCGCACACCGCCUCCAUCACCUCCAUACAGUUCUCUCCAUCGUCUUUCGGUUCUACGCGCUAUCUGGCCUCGACAGGAGCCGACGGCAUGGUCUGCUUCUGGCAGUGGAACAGCAUCACCAUGAAAUUCUCUGACAGGCCAGUGAAGUUCGCCGAGCGGUCUCGUCCCGGGGUUCAAAUAUCCUGCUGCUCCUUCAGUACCGGUGGGAUGUUUCUGGCCACUGGAGGGACGGAUCAUGUGCUCAGGGUGUAUUACCUGGGUGGUGAGACACCUGUGAAGUUGUCAGACCUGGACUCGCACACGGAUAAGGUGGUUGCCGUGCAGUUCUGCAACAACAGCGACAGUCUACGCUUUGUGAGCGGCAGUCGGGACGGAACGGCGCGGAUCUGGCACUACCAGCAGCAGGAGUGGAAGAGCGUCAUGCUAGACAUGAGCACCAAACUGCCGGGGAGCUCCGCAGCAUCAGGAGAGGACAAGACCACCAAGUUGGUGGUUACCAUGGUAGCAUGGGACCGCAGUGACCGAACAGUCGUUACUGCCGUCUCCAACUUACUCCUCAAAGUCUGGAGCCCCACAAAUGGCCAGCUGCUACACGUGCUCUCGGGUCACGACGAUGAGGUCUUUGUCCUGGAGCCCCACCCCUUCGACUGGCGCAUCAUGCUGUCGGCCGGCCACGACGGCAACAUCUACAUCUGGGACCUCAGCAAAGGCAACAAAAUUCGGAACUUCUUCAACAUGAUUGAAGGUCAGGGUCACGGAGCGGUGUUCGACUGCAAGUUCUCGGCUGACGGUCAGCACUUUGCCUGCACAGACUCGCACGGGCAUCUGCUCAUCUUCGGCUUCGGCUGCAGCCAAACCUACGAGAAGAUUCCAGAUCAGAUGUUCUUCCAUACAGAUUUCCGGCCGUUGAUCCGGGACUCCAAUAACUACGUCCUGGAUGAGCAGACGCAGCAGGCGCCGCACCUCAUGCCUCCGCCGUUCCUUGUGGACGUGGACGGGAAUCCGCACCCUCCGAGAUUCCAGCGCCUCGUACCCGGCCGAGAGAACUGCAAGGAGGAGCAGCUGGUGCCUCAGCUAGGCUACAUGGCUAACGGUGACGGAGAGGUGGUGGAGCAGGUGAUUGGCCAGCAGACGGCAGAUGAGGGUCAGGAAGAGAGCCCAUUGGACAGCUUGAUCCGGCAACUUCAGCACCAGCAGGAUGAGAGACUCAACUCAGGAAACCAGGCUGCAGGUGGUGAAGCAGCAGACGGUCCUCUGUCGCCCCCUAACGUCGGCCUGCGCAGGAGCGGUCAGGUGGAAGGGGUUCGACAGAUGCACAACAACGCCCCCCGCAGUCAGAUGGCCACGGAGAGAGACCUGCUCGCGUGGAGCCGCCGUGUGGUCGUUAACGAAAUCCCCUCAGGAGUGUUCAGGAUAAUGGAGGAGAGUCGACUGGCUAAAGGAGAAAUGGAGCGAUCUCUCUACAACAUGGAGAGGAAGAAAAAACCUGUCCAUACUACUAGAACGGAGCCGGUUGACGUUUCGGUGCGCUCUCUGCGGAGACCUCAGAGAAAACCGCAGCAGAAACGACACACGUAUCACACGCGGUCAGCGCGGGAAAGGAGGCGCGCACGCACGCUCACCAACACGCGUGAGGACAGCCUCAGCGAAUCAGACAGCGAGGCAGAGCAGGAGGAGGAUCAGAACGAGAACAGUGACGCAUCCUCUGAAGGUGACGCUCAGUGGGAGAACGCCAGCAGCUCAAGUGACUCCUCCAGCGAGUAUUCUGAUUGGACGGCAGACGCAGGUAUCAACCUCCAGCCGCCCAAACGACCAAUCAGGAGGCCGGCUCGUAUCGCCGGGAGCAGCAGCUCGGAGGACGAAGGCGAGGGGCGGAGAGAAGGGGAGGAGCGUCGCAAGAAGAAGAAGGAGGAGGAGGAGGAGAAGAAAAAGAAACCCAAACAAACUAAACAGAAGACGGUUCCUGCCGGUGAGCUUGAAGAGUGGCUUCCCCCGCCCUGGAUAAUGGAGACGAUACCCAGGCGAUCUCCAUUCCUACCUCAGAUGGGGGACGAGUUGAUAUAUUUCCGGCAGGGUCACCAGGCGUAUGUGCGGGCGGUGCGUCGUGCCAAAGUCUACAGCAUUAACCCUCAGAAACAGCCCUGGAACAAACUGAACCUCAGGGAUCAGGAGUGUGUGAAGGUGGUGGGUAUAAAGUAUGAGGUGGGUCCUCCCACACUCUGCUGCCUCAAACUGGCCUUCCUGGACCCGCUCUCAGGGAAGAUGACCGGCGAGUCCUUCAGCUUGAAGUAUCAUGACAUGCCUGAUGUCAUUGAUUUUCUGGUGCUACAACAGUUUUACAACGAGGCCAAAGAACGCAACUGGCAACCGGGUCAGCGUUUCAGAAGUAUUAUAGACGACGCCUGGUGGUUUGGAUCAGUGGAAAGUCAGCAGCCGUACCAGCCGGAGUAUCCAGACAGCCUUUUCCAGUGUUACGUUGUCAGGUGGGACAACGGUGAGAGAGAGAAAAUGAGCCCAUGGGACAUGGAGCCCAUACCUGAUGAAGCUCCACUUCCGGACGAGGUCGGCGACAGCGUCCCGGUAACGGAGGAGGAGCUUCAGUCGCUGCUGUACCAACCGCAGGACGGAGAGUGGGGCGCACACACACGCGACGAAGAGUGUGAGAGAGUCAUCAACGCCAUAGACCAGCUUUUCACACUGGACAUAGCGAAGGCGUUCUCCUGUCCAGUGGAUCUGAGGGAUUAUCCUCUGUACUGCACUGUGAUAGCGUAUCCCACUGACCUCAGUACAAUCAGACUGAGACUGGUACACCGCUUCUACAGGAGGAUUUCAGCGCUGAUGUGGGAGGUUCGUUACAUCGAGCACAAUGCCAGAACGUUUAACGAGCCGCACAGCCCCAUCGUCACGGCGGCUAAAGCAGUCACUGACGUCCUGCUGCGCUUUAUUGGGGAUCAGAGCUGUACUGAUAUCCUGGAGCUGUACAAUAAGGUCAAGACGGAGCUCAGCAGUGCUGCUGAAGAAGAGGAGGAUGUUGAUAUCGACUCCGACACUCCAGGCACGUCGACUGGCCAGAAGCGGUCCGGUCAGUCGUCUCAGAAGCGGGGCGUGGUGCUGGACGUGCGAGCGUGGUACGGUCAGUGUAAAGAGCUGCUCAGGAGGAUGAUCGCCAGCUCAGACUCCGAACCCUUCCGCCAACCCGUGGACCUCUUCACCUACCCGGACUACAGAGACAUCAUAGACACGCCGAUGGACCUGGGAACGGUCAUGGAGACUCUGGUGGGGGGGAAUUAUGAGAAUCCCAUGGAGUUCUCCAAAGACGUCCGGCUCAUCUUCAGCAACUCCAAAGCGUACACGCCCAACAAGAAGUCCCGGAUUUACAGCAUGACUCUGAGUUUGUCUGCGUUCUUCGAGCACCAGAUCAUCUCCAUCAUCUCAGAUUACAAAGUGGCCAUCCAGAAUCAGAGACGCUGCCAGCAGAGACUCAGCUACAGCAAGAGACUGCAAAACUCGGUGCCAGAGAGCCCCAAAGGGAAGCCCAAGUCAGUGAAGAAAACUAAAACUCCCCCGCAGCCCAACAGGACCCGCUCACGGCGGCCCUCUGAAGAUUCGAACCUCGUGCUUGAGGAUGAAGACAGUCAGCCUUCAUCUUCCUCCCUGUCAGCAUCGACAUCGUCAGGGCAACCGGCGAGUAACAGAGUCACGCGCAGCAGAGCUCUGAGCAAGAGAGCAGAUGCUCACUGCAACGGGCCACUGACUAACGGAGGUCGAAGGUCACGCAGACAACCGGGACAGGGAGACACUUCAGACUCAGAGAGCUCGGAAUCUUCAUCGUCGUCGUCGUCUUCAUCCUCUUCCUCCUCGUCUUCGUCGUCCUCUUCCUCUGAGAGCGAAGUGAACGACGCCGACGUGGCCAGCUUCGCCGAAGGCGGAGACCACGACUACAGCAAAGCGUCGCGUCUCUCUCUGGCACGCAGAAGCAAGAUGGCUGCCGCUAGCUUUGCUGCUAACGCCAAACGGAAAAGAAGAGGGCAAGAAGAGGAAAGGACUGAGUGCCUCAAACGUGCGCGUAGGGAACAGACGCCGGUCCAGGCGGCCCAGAGCGAGGAUGAGGACGAGGACGAAGAUGAGGACGAGGAAAACGAAGAGGUAGAAGAGGAGGAGCCUGAGGGAGAGGAAGAAGGGGAAGAAGAAGAACAAGAAGAAGGGGAAGAACAAGAAGAAGGGGAGGAAGAAGAAGAAGAAGAAGAAGGGGAAGAGCCAGAAGAAGAGGAAGAAGAAGAAGAGGAGGAGGAGGAAGAGGAAACGAGUCCACAACCUCAGCUUCCUGCCAGAGGUCAAAGGUCAAGUCAGAGGACAGUGAAAGCGGGGCGUGUAAACACCCGUAACCAAGGGAGACGGACCGUAGUCUAUAACGACGACUCGGAUGACGAUGCGCCCGCCGCUGACCCGCUCAAUCUGGGCACGUCGCGUUCCGGAAGGAUCCGCCGCAUGACCGAGCGAGCCAGGGUCAGCCAUCUGAUGGGCUGGUCACACUGACCUUUGACCUUUCGGACAUAUUUUUUAAGCAACCUCAGACUUUUGGACUUCACUACAGCAAUACUGCAGGGAUUUUUUUUGUAGCUGUUGAUGUACAGAUUUUUCUUUGUCUCUUGUUUUUUUUUUAGUUUUUUUUUUUUUUUUAUUUUGUUAAUGAGACUUUUGUUUACGACUCUGGAGCUCGUGGUGCUGAUUCCGUCUCGCUCUGGUGUCCGACGAACCAAACCAGCCUUACUGUGGGCCAGAGCAUGGAGGAGUCUCUCUCCCUCUCUCUCCCUCUCUCUCUCUCUCUCUCUCUCUCUCACUGUCUGUCUCUCUGUCUCUCUGUCUCUCUCUCUCUCACUGUCUGUCUCUCUGUCUCUCUCUCUCUGUCUCUCUCUCUCUCACUGUCUGUCUCUCUGUCUCUCUCUCUCUGUCUCUCUCUCUCUCACUGUCUGUCUCUCUGUCUGUCUCACAUCUUCUCUUCAGGCUUCAUUUGCCAACGUGGUGCUUUUUAAAUCAAGUCACUGCACUGCACGCAGGAUGAUGGUGCUGUUCUCUCUCUCUUUCUCUUUCUCUCUCUCUCUCUUUCUCUUUCUCUCUCUCUCUCUCUUUCUUUCUUUCUUUCUGUAUUCCUCGCCCCCGUGUUAAUAAAUGGUACAUUAGCCAGCUAGCUAAAGGUUUACAUCCCAAAUCGCAUCCUGCUGUAAUAAACACUUAAAAUUAUCGCUUUAAAUUUCAGUAUAAUGUUUCGUAAAGUUAUAUUCGGUUUGGGAUGCGACUCAAGAUUUUCAUUCCCUCAAGCUAGCUGUUGCUUAUUUUUACAAAAAAAUUUACUCGACUCCUUUACAGACUGUUCUCUCGGAUCCUCUUGCACUCUUCCUUCCUUUUCUUUAUCCAUUUGCUGACUUUUCGUUUUUAUUUAAACAAGCUGAGUCAUUGGUAAUAAAAUAAAUAACACCACAAUGAGCUAACAUUCAAUCAGCUACUUGUUGCCAGGUGGAUUUAAUCUGACAGAGUGACCUCAUUGGUUCUUAAGAGGCUCUCUCUUUGAUUGGUUGAAAUCUCUCUCGCAUUUAUUUAUAGCUGUAUGGAUCAGCUAGCUAGUCCUAAAUCAGAUUUUAGUAUUACCUUUGUUAAUAAAAGUUAAAAAUCAUAAAGCCUACGUCCCAAAUCUCAUUCCGUCAUACUGCAUUAUUAUUCAAAAUGUUCCGUUUUAAAAAUUUAGUGUAAUGGGGUGAAAGGAAACCAAAUAACAACAAGAAUCAGACAACCACUAACCAAGAAAAUGAGAUGAUAAAGUUUGCUGCUUCAUCAGAUCCAGCCAAUCAGAUCCAUGUUGCUAUGUAGAAUGUAUCUGACCGAGCGACGCCAUUGGCUGUUAUCCUGAGCCGAUUCCUCUUUCCUCAGUGAGUUCUUCACAGAAGCAGUCUCUUUUUAAAUUUGUUAAUUUAAAUACAAACUGCAAAAUAUUCCACGUUUCUAGCUAAGUGAGAUUAUCUCACAUAAAGCCUGCUUAAAAAAAAAAAGCACAGGAUUAAUAUCGCACGAUUUGCGACAGUUAAGUUAAAAGUAGGCAGGCAGUGUAUCAGCGCAGUUGAGGAAACGUCCAAUCAGCUUCUUGUUGCUAUGCAGACAAAUGAAGAGGUGCUUUCUGAUUGGUCCAAACCUCUGAGAGGAAUUUUGAUGGUAGUCAUGUUAAUCUAAACGCUUAUUACUCAGCUAAAUAUUGCACUUCCCUUCACUAAAUCUGAUCUUUGCUUUACCUGCGACAAAAGGCCUGGUAGCAAAAGUUUUUGCCCCCCCCCCCCAAUCCCACCAGCCACACUGACCAGUUUUCCAUUCGGAUGAAUACAGUGGAAUGUCAUUUGGGACACAGCGGAAGAGUCGUGUAGGAAUUUAAUCUCAAGCCAUCACCUUUAUUCAACUGUUUGUUCUCUCCCUCUUCUCUCACUGUCUCUCUCUCUCUCUCUUUUUCUCUUUCCCACCUUCAAUUCCGGGGUCUGUCCCAAACGCCAGUCUCACUAGCGUUCUUACUAUUUUUGUUUCUGAGCGGUCACAUGGUGUAACCUUUGUGGCAUCCCAUAAUGCACUGCAAGCAUACAUACAGUAUGUUAAUGCUUAUGUAAUUCAGUAAAGCUAGUAUAAAUUUAGACAAGUUAUUGGUGUUGUAUAGUUAGAUGUCGUGUGUUUAGAAUGCUGUCUUGCUAGCUAUUGAUUACUAGCGACAUUAGCUUAGCCAGCCUACUAAACACAGCAGUGCACCAACAUUACUUACAAAUCAAUUUGCUAACAUUUAGCGUUACCUCUUAGCCUCUUUAUAAUUCUAGUAAGAACUUUAGGUUUAAAGACUAGCAUUUGGGACACACCCUGGAUUUUUUUUUUUUUUCCAAAUCUUCCAAGAUGCAUUAACUACUUCCAGGUCAUGACCUUGACUUCCUGCCCAUAUGAGCAUCGAGAGCAUUGAUACACCGAGUGUCUGCACACACACUGUUUUUACAAUGGAGUAUAUUUAUAUUUGUACUAUACACUUACACACUUUGUGAUUCAUACUUAUCAAUUGAAACCGAUCCAAUGAUGUUUGCACAUGUUACGGCAGCUGUUUGGUCAAAAAAAGGAGUUUGGACGGGCUCUAAAUCCUGGCUCCUCAUUGGUCGAGAGUCUUCACAAACCAGAGCCAGGGAAGCUCAAAGUAUCAGAAGGAUGACUGUUUUUGAUGGUAGUUUUUUCCUUUUUUUUUUUUUUUUUAUAGAAUUACUUUUCCUUUCUUUCAUUUUUUUUUUAUUAUUUGACCUCUGAAAACAGGAAGUGGUGCCAAUCUAAGGACUCAUGAGAUCUUCCAGAUCUUGCAGAUCUCCACUCUUUUGAUUCAGCAGGGAGUGUUUUUUGUUUGUUUAGUUUGUUUUUUUGUUUGUUUGUUUGUUUGUUUGUUUGUUUUUUUAAAUAAAUGGUGAUUCCUA